AUGCGGAGGCUGUUCGGCGGCUUCGGCAGGAAAUGCAGCAGCUUGGUGAGGAGCGUGAACGGCAGGAACUCCUUGAAUUGCGGCGUUGGCAAAGGACAGAGGAGCAGGGACAAGGAGAAUCCGGCGGAAGAGUCGCAAUCGCUUUCGCAGCUGCAGUCGCAGUCGCGAGUCGCUAGUGUGAUACGCACUUUACACUCCCUCCACUUCAGGCGGUUUUCGCAGGAAAUCAGCAGUAUUGUUUGUGUACAGAAGCCCGUAGCAGGUUUUGUGUUCGAUUGUGAGCUGCUUCAAGUACUCUGUGCUUAUUUGCCUCGUGUUAUCUGGAAGAAAAAGAAAGAGAAGAAGAAAAGGGUGAAUAGAGAGAGAGAACCAUCACAUUGUAAAAUUGCUGCUUUUUUGGACUUUACAUUUGGCUCCUACCUACUGCAACUAGAAGUGGAGAAUUUUUAUAAUGUUGGUCUGCCCUCUUCGGCUUUUCAUGUCUACAAAUGUGGCAACAUUUGUAGCGACAUUGUUGUUAUUGAAAUCAAACAAGUUUAUGCCAAGGGCUACAGGAUGCCUUUAUCUGAAAAAGCAGCAGCUGACAACGACAGUGAUGAAGAAGACCUCAUAGGAAAAAUAUAUUGUUACCGGAUUAAUUCAUAUGGAAUAGACUAUGAGGAUGGAGCCCAGAUAAGCCGAAAAAAUAGAAGAGAAGAAGAAACGGAGACACGACUCUGA